UACCUUUUUUUUCUUUUUAAAGAAUGGCAGAAGCCAUGGCUCAGAAGGUUUGUUCAAGUACUUCACUCAACCCAGCCAUCCAAUCUUUACCCCCUAUACUCUGUCUGAACAACUUCAGGAGAGUCAGGCGCACGGAGGACGGCGGUCCCUAUCCCAUCCCUGGACUCGCCACAGACUUUCUCCACAUGCGAGUGAGAGAAGGAAGCAAGAUCCGCAAUUUGCUGCGGUUCGCGACAGCUCGCAUGCGAGGCGAGGGAAAAGACAGCCACGGGCGGUCAACAAGACAGGUUGUCUUCACUGGCUCAGAAAGAGGGGUCACCAAAACCAUCACCUGCGUGGAGAUCCUCAAACGGAAAGUAGAAGACCUCCACCAGGUGUCCAAGCUCUACUACAAGACCGUGGAUGAAGUCUGGGAAGCGUCACAACACGGAGCGCCAGAUGUAACCAUGCAGAGGACGGUCCCUGCCAUCUGUAUCUUGCUCUCCAAAGACCCUCUCAAUCCCCACGAGCCCGGAUACCAGCCUCCCCACUCAGUUAGCACUCCCACAGAGGAUACAGGGAUGUGCGGAGCAACGCUCUGGCCGCCUCAUUGCCCCACGGUAGCCAAGAGAUUCUGCCGGGAGGACGAGAGCAAAUGUGUUACAUGAUCUCCCAAACGAAGCCUCCAAACAGAUUUCUGCGUUCAGCAUGUUGGAGGUUCAUUUGUCAAAAUAUGUAGACAUUCAUCUCCGAAAAUGCUCCUAUUACCAGAGCUAUGUAAAGUCCUUGAAAUCCUUCUUGAGGAUUAUUAUCGAACAAGUGAUUUAUCUUCAAGUUUUUACUGUUAGUAAUAACAGCAUUAAUCAGCAUUUAAUAAUAUAAUUGACUAUUUUGACCACUUCAUCUUCAUGAUGAAAGCCGUCACUCGUGUGACUCUCCACUUCAUCUUGGCUGACACUGAUAGCAGUGCUGACUCUUGUUGUCGAUUUUGCCCAUUCAGUGUCAGCGUGGAAAAAGAAUGAAAUUUUUGGAAGCUUCAAUAAAAACAGUUUUUUGUCCUCUCAACCUUUCCUCUUCUCUGCUCUACUGGAAUAACUUUAUUAUAUAAUAAUUUUCUCACGACUUGCCAACAUGUGUAUUUUUUUUUUUUUAGAUAUACAGUGAUCCCUCGCUAUUUCGCGGUUCGUUUAUCCUGGCUUCAGUGCAUCGCGGAUUUUUUCAAACAUUUUCAUUAAAAAAAAUCACAUACAUGGAGUACAGUACUGUAUAUGUUGCUCUAUGUGACUUGCAGUUUUUUUGCUGACUUUCGCAGCUUCUCGUGGACCGUUUGCAGACUUAAUUGGUCGCUACUUCGCGGAUUUUUGUUAAUCACGGGUGGUUUUAGUCCCCAUUAACAGCGAUAGGGAUUAUUGUAUACAAUUGAUACACUGCUGUGGUUAAAAACUCUUACUGGUGUAACGUCAUAUCAUUUAAAACAAUCAUCAUUCCUUUUACAGUCCCUUUUACAGUUUGUAUACCACACA